UCUUUUGAGAACGUCUCUGACGAGCAGGCUUUUAUGACGUCAAAUGUGAGCGACUCGUCAUCGACUUGCUAACCGACAAAAAGAUAGGUGCACUUCCAUCAAAAAGGUCGGCACUGGUUACUGAAUCAUUUGUUUAUUAACAAAGCAAAACUACUGAUCAUCCGCCGUUCAACGAAAAGGGCAUCUCAAAUACAGGCGGUAGCUUCAACAAGGAAAACGUGCUAGCAUGGCGGCUAGGUGGGACGAGCACCAGGCUUAUGAGGAGCUUUUGCACUGGGACAGCCUCAUCCAACAAGGCCACCGGCUUCACCCGCAGGAGUUUGACAGAUAUGAGGAGUUGCGUUACUGGUAUGACUGCCGGUGCUACGAGGACGAGCUGAGACAGUACCACGACUAUAUUUCUGCAAUAGAGACAGCGGAACAUCCACAAUAUCACAAGGAUGCUUUGUCCAGCCAGAUACACUCGGGGCCAAACGACCGCCGUGUGAUGGCAAAACACUCUGAGAUUUAUCCCUCUGCAGCGGAGCUAGAGGCGGUGCAGACAAUCGUCUCCCAUGUGGAAUGUGCGCUAAAGACUGUGUCUGACCAAAUUGAUGCUCAGAAUUUGGGCAAAGGAAAUCAAGAGGCCAAAAGUGCAAAGAAACGUGUCCUGCAUGGCAUUAUGAGGGUGGGCCUGCUGGCCAAAGGACUUCUGCUCAAAGGAGACAUGAACCUGGAACUGGUGCUCUUUUGUUUCAACAAGCCUACCGUCACUCUGCUUAGACAAGUGGCUGAGAGUCUAAGUGCCCAGUUAGAGGCUGAGGCCGCUGGGUUGUAUACAGUGAUCCCGAGUCCAAUGGAUGCCGCCAUCAAUGUGAAAAGUACCAAAGAGUUAGCCCUCACUCUAACCCUCCAUCUCACGUCACCCCAGGUCAGGGUGGACCAACAGACUGAGCCCUCAGAGGAAAAAUCGCGAACAGACAACGAUCUGCCGGACGUUCUGGACAGACAGAAAUGCCUAACUUCCUUGGCGUCUCUCCGCCACGCCAAGUGGUUCCAGGCAAAAGUCAAUAAUCUGAAUUCUGCCGUUAUUGUGAUCCGGGUCCUGAGGGAUUUGUGUAUUCGUGUUCCUACAUGGGCACCACUGUCUGGAUGGCCCCUUGAGCUGCUGGCAGAAAAGGCCAUAAGUACAUCUGAGAGGCCACUGGGCCCAGGCGAAGCUUUCCGCAGGGUACUUGAGUGCAUUGCCUCUGGAAUCCUCUUGCAUGAUGGUCCAGGAAUUAAAGAUCCCUGUGAGAAGGAACCUGUCGAUGUCCUUGAAUGUCUCACCUUACAGCAGCGUGAAGACACCACACAGAGUGCUCAGUUGGCACUGAGACUGUGUGCAUUUGGAAUGAUGUACAAAGUUUUGGGGAUCGAGGCAAAGCCUGGCAGGCCCUGGAAAGCAUUGGGAGCCAGUGCAAAAAUUAUACCAGACCUGAUAAAACCAACUAGACCCUCUCUGCCAGCUAAACGAUCCUUCACCGAAGUGGCAAAAGGAAAAGAGGACUCAUUAAAUAGCAAACAGAGGAAGUUCCUCAAAUUCCAGAAGCGGUUUCCACGGAAGUCAUUGACUGAUGAUUUAAGCAUGAAUGCUGUGAUGCGUCUGAACCAGUACCGACCCGGUCUUGAGUACCGCCUCACCUCUCAGACUGGUCCAGUCCACGAGCCGGUUUUCACGAUGGCUGUGGAUGUAAAUGGGAAAACCUACGAGUCCACCGGGCCUUCGAAAAGAACAGCCAAGCUUAACGUAGCAACAAAGGUCCUGCAAGAUCUUGGUCUUCCAACAGGCUCAGAAGCCAAGGCCGAAUCCAAAAUUGAGGGUGGCCAGGAAGUAAUUGCAAGCGCCUCCACUGCUUCAGAAGAUAAUGCUCAGGGUCCUAUUUUGACCAAGAAUGGGAAGAACCCCGUCAUGGAACUGAAUGAGAAAAGACGCAGUCUGAAGUAUGAACUCUCUGCUGAGACGGGUGGCUCCCACGAGAAGUGCUUCGUCAUGGAGGUGGAGGUUGAUGGACAGAAGUUCAAAGGGAGGGGUUCCAACAAGAAAGAAGCAAAAGCCUACGCCGCCCUUGCCGCUCUGGAGAAGCUGUUCCCAGACACCCCUCUCAUGUCCAAGAAAACAUCAAAGAAGCUCACAUACACUGACAUGCACAUUCCAGGAUUCGGUACUAUUCGUGGGAUCCCUUCAGAUUCCGGAUCACCCGACUGGGGUCUUGGCAGAGGUCGAGGAAGGGGCCGAGGCAAACCCUUUUCUUCAGGCCCCGUUUACAACAAAACCAACUUUAAAUAUGAGAGCAACUCCGGAAAAGGUUAUCACAAGUUGUACAGUAACAAUGGCGCUGGGAGCACGGGUGCCAGCAAAGUAAUUGGUACCGUCACCAGUGCUCCUUGUGGCAGCACAGGAAGCAACACUGGCUAUGGCACGUUUUAUCCUGAAAGUAGCACCACCACCUACUCUGCCCCGCCUAUCUCCAGCACCAGUACCAACACCACCACAACCACAGCAGGCAGCUACAAGUCCAUGCCUCCGCCUGCCGACCAGCAGAGUCCUUACAGUUACGGCUACGGGGAUGAGAAAAAGAAGAUGCUCACUCAAGGUCAGACUGAGGCUUCAGCACAGGGAGCCAAUUACUCCAUGUACAGCACCGCUUAUCCCAACACUGUGGUGGGGAGCCAAAUGUAUAAUAAUUAUGGAUGGUCAAACCAGACAAAUUGGGGAAGUCAGCAAGGCUAUGGCUCAUACCAGUCCUACGGAGGACAAAACCAGACCUCGUUUCCUGGAAAUAGCGGCACAAAUUAUUAGUCAUAACCUUGUACAGCUUUUCCAAACUCACUACACCACCGAGUUCUGAGUGUUCAACCUUCAUGACGAUCCUGGAAUAGGACAACCUUUAAAUGUUUCUCAAACUGGAAAGUUGCCGUUUGUUGUUUCAUCGCAAGUCCCGUUUUUGUUUGUUACAUUAACCUGCUUUACUGGCUGUUUUGCUUUUGUUUGUUACAUCUUUAACCUGCUUUACUGGCUGUGUUGCUACAGCAUACUUUUUUGAUUAUUAGCUGUACUUGAACUUUGCUUUGCAUGAUUAUGUCCCACCGUGGCUUCUUUCUUAGUUACUGUGACAAAUCUGUGCUACGCCUACUCUUAAUAAACCACUUUUACUUUG